GGGGCGUGGCUUGCGCAUCAAAGCCCCCUCCUCGGGCCUCGAUUCUAGAUUCUAACGACCUGGCGGGUCGGUGAGAGCGGAAGGGAAGGGAAGGGAGGGAGCGAGAGUAGGAGCCCGGCCCGGCCUCGGUCCCUGGCCUCCCUCCCAGCCCCACACCCACCGUCCAGCCCCAUGGUCCCCGCGCUGCUCUGGGCCCUGCUGCUGCUGAGCCUGGGGACCGAGGCGGUGGUGGCGGGGGCCCAAGGCCCGACUGCAGCCGGGAGGCAGCCGGCCCGGCUCCGCUCCCGGGGCCCGCCGACCCGCAACUACCGGCCCACGCCCCGCACCGGCGGCGGCCCCCCGAAGCGAAGGGUGAUAAUGGAGGAUGAAGACGACGAAUCGGCCACCGCCGACCGCCUGGCAGGCCCCGCCGUGGACGAGCUCUUGGCCUCCACGGUGUCCACGGACAUGAACAGGUUGCGAUCCUGGGAGCAAGAUCAGGACGGGUCCCUGGAGGAGGGGGUCGUGAUCAACGCCCAGAAGAACAACAGCGAGGCGGGGCUUGAGGGCAGGCCUUCCACGACCACGAGGAGGUUCAGCUCGAGGUUUGCAGCGAACAUUCAGGAGCCGGAGUACAGGCUGGCCACCAGCCUGCCGCCCGAAGACUGGAACACGGAGCACCGGGCGCUGUACGACACCAGCCUGGCCGGCUGGUCCACCGCGGGGUCCACCCCCAGGCGCUGGUCCCGCGUCCCACUCACCUCCGCGCCCCCUCCCGAGGAGCUGCGGCUGGUGCUGAUGCCCUGGGGCCCGUGGCACUGCCACUGCCAGUCGGGCACCAUGAGCAGGACCCGGGCCGGGAGGCUGCAGGGCCUUUCUGGGCGCCUUCGAGUCGGGGCCCUGAGCCAGCUCCGCACAGAGCACCGGCCUUGCACCUACCGUCAAUGCCGCUGCGAUCGACGCCUGGAGGAGUGCCCCCUGGACUCGGCCCUCUGGCCUGAGACUCAGACUACCACCACCACCACCACCCCCACCACCACCACCACCACCCCCGCCCCCGCCCCCAUCCUCACCGCCACCACCACCACCACCACCUCCUCUAGGCCCAUGUUCAGCCAUAGCACCAGAUACAGCUUCAGCCCCGGCCCCAGCCCCAGCCCAGCGCUUCUGUUUUGGAGGCAUGUCAGGGCCGGGCUGGAGGAUAUUUGGAACAGCCUCUCCUCAGUGUUCAUAAGGAUGCAACCAAUAGACAGAAACCGGAGGUUAAUGGCCACUUGAUCUGCAAGAAGAGGUGUCAGCAUCUCAACCUCUCCUCCCCUUCCAAUCCCAGCACCCACUGGGUAUUUUUAGUACAAAAAAAAAACAAAACUAGAAGAAAAAAAACAACCAUUGUUUGAUCUUGUGUCUUUUUAUAGAGGUAUGAGAGACCAAAAAUUUUGUGAAACUGAACUGGGUAGCUACCAGCAUCUGGCUUGGGCUUCUCCUGUCCCCAGGAUAAAAUGUUUGUUGUUCAUCUUCCUUAUUUCCAAUGUUGUUGUUUUUUUUAAACAAGUACUUCUUUUUUAAAAAAAAUCUCAGAUGAAUGCCAAGCAGGAGUUGAGCCCUUAGAUCAUGGUCAUCUUGCCUUCACAAUACUUAGCCUUCUUUUCCCCUCAAAAAGGACAAAUGGUACAAAAUCCCACAUUAGCCACUUUCUAGGAGUUACCCUUCAUCAGCCAUGCCUAUUGUUUAAUCCAAUAUACACCUGGAGUGAUUACUCUGUGACUAUUUUGCUUAAACUUUUUAUUUGAAAAGUAUAUUUAGAGUCCAACACACUCUCAAUAUAAAUUAUGACUCUCAAACCCAUUCCCAUCACUCUAAAUAUCGUUAAAGUGAUGGUAGCACACACAUAAGAGAAGGUAGCUGAGAGAGAGAACCAAAGAAAAGAUUGUGUCCAAAGAACUGGCAUAAGAAUAAGGCUAAAGAUCAGGGAGACCAGAUCCCAGGAGCCCCCCCCUCUUUCUACCCUCUCCUGUCAACCCUUUCGAUCUAGUAAAACCCUCAUGCUAUGCUGGGCAACAAGAUGAACUACUUUCAGAGCGUCGCUUGACUGGAACAGAGUACAUUUGGAAUGUUAUCUCUACGAGCAAUCUUUGACCUUGGAAAAAUUUAAAAAAUACACUGAAACUUGAAAAAAUGAGAGCCUCGGUCACUGUAGGUGGGGGCAAACUUCAAGAUGGCGGAAUCGGCAGAGUGGAUCCCCACUCCCAUAUUCCUGAUCCCCCACCACCACUGCCACCAUGCUUCCUGUUACUGAGCUGAGACCCCUGCGUUCUGGACACAGAGCAGGCAGGAGCUGCUCUGUCCUGUUCUGCCUUCCUAGUCUCCCUGCAAAAAAGGGGGCAGAACAAAGCACACCUGAGAAAACGGAAAGUGCCUGAAGACCCUGCUCCUCCGUUCCUUUCCCACCUAACACAGACUCUUGGGCCAGGUGGAGAGUUCUUCAGACAAAGCUCCCUGAGUCUUAUUUGUGCCUGGUUCCGGGACUAGGGCACAGAAAUAGAGCUUCAAGUUCGGGGAGAACAGUGCUGGGGUGUCUGGCUCUACUGCUUUUCUCUGCCUCCCCCCAUCCCACCACUGCAGGAGCCCCUCCUCCACUGAGCAAGGAGGGAGAAACACGCCUAUCACAAGCAUCACAAUGAAUAAAAAAUUGUUUGAGAUUACUAAGCCUACUUUACAGGGGGUCUAGCUCAUCAAGGCUCAGGCUUAGGAUGAAUGAUGGGAUGGGGGAGUGGCAGGGAUAAAAAUCACGAGAAAAAUAUGUGGAUUCUAGACCACUGGCUCUCAGUUGGGGUGCUUUUGCCCCCAGGGAGGCACUUGGCAAUGUCUGGAGACAGUUCUGGUUGUGAUAACUAGGGUGGGCCAGGGACACUGCUAUACACCCUAUAAUGCACAGGACAGUGCCCCAGGACUAAGAAUUAUCCAGCCCAAAAUGUGAGGAUUGCAAGAUUCCUAAACUCCCAGAUGAUCGUUUUCAACCAAUUUAACACCCCACCUCCCCUCCUCCAUGGCCAGGAAGGAAGUCCACUUUGAGACAGAACUCCUAGUUUCCCUGCAAUCCGGAUUUCUCUCCAGCUCCCCCUUCCUCCUCUACCUGGGCCAGCAGGGAGGUGGGCAGAGGGCAGGCCAGGUCCCCAAGACCUAACUGGAAUGUCAUCAGGUUGAGACCCAUCUCUUAAGUCUUAUUCAAUGGGAAACAAUAAGGUUCCUAACAGGAAGGAGGGUAAGGACGGAGGUAGUAGCAGGGUGGGGGUAAUUAAGAGAAUGCAUCUUAAAUUUACUUUUUAAUUAAUUUUUAAAAAGGAAAGAUACUGGGGGGCUAGCAAUGCUACAGAAACAGGGUUAGAGCCUACCUAGAGAAAGACGCUGGUGUUGGCAGAGAGCCACUGAAGAGCUGUGAGCUUAAGGUCUGAGAUUUAAAGAGAGUAGACUAGGCAGUGGUCACCCUCCCAGGCCCUGCUUGAGGUCUGCUUCAGUUCAUUCCAGAAGGAAGGAGAAGGGCAGAGAGGUAGGGAGCUUCUCAGCAAAGCCAGCUUCAGCUUGGUAACCUCACCCACCUGCCACUUAAGGGCAACAAGGUUAAUAGUUUAAAAACAGGUGGCACCCAGACUGUCAUUCAGGAGAAGGGAACUCAUUCCUGGUUUCCAGAAACUCCUAUUUCAGAUCUGAGAGUGUCCGGGGCUUCAGCUGAGCUCCUCUGGCCAACCGGUAGUUACUUGGUCAGUCCUGCUGCCUUGACCCCGUCUCCAGGAGGGGCUACAGCCAGAGGAAGCAGAGGGAGUCCAGCCCCCAAGCCUUUUGAGGCACUAUCAGGCAGAUAGGGAA